AUGGGUUUAUGCUUCUCCUCCUACCCCACUGCUUAUUCCUCCGAUCCCUCCACAGUCAAAGUCAUCUCUGCUAAUGGUAAUCUCCGUGAGUAUCCCAUACCCGUCACAGUAUCGCAAGUCCUCCAAAUCGAGUCCUCCUCUUCGUAUUUCCUCUGUAACUCCGACUGUCUCUUCUUCGACGACUAUAUUCCCGCCCUAGAUUCCAUUGAAGUACUUCAGGCAGGUCAGAUCUACUUCGUCCUCCCCAUCACUCGUUUACAGUAUCGCCUCACUGCUCCCGAUAUGGCCGCUCUCGCUGUGAAAGCGAGUACGGCGCUUUCUCAGAGUUUGAGGAAAAACGGUGGAUGGAAUAAGAAGAUACGGGUAUCUCCGGUUUCGGAACUGAACAACAGUCAGGGUGGAGUUAAUGGAUAUUAUGAGUAUGAUGGGUUUAAGACUUCCAAUAAAUCCAGAAUCGAGGUUUCGAGAUCUGGGUCUGUUAGGAAAUUGCAGAGAAAUUCUUCAAGACGAACCAUGUUUGCUAUUCGAUCGUUUCGAAUGAGAUUGAGCACCAUUUAUGAAGGAUCGAUUGUUGAUUAA